AUGUACGCAUGUACCCUCUGCUCGAAGCCCUUCAAACAACUGUCUUCCAGAAACCGGCACCUGGAAUAUUGCCGUCAGGCAACAGACCGGCCUCACGCGCGAACUCUGUCGUGUCGCGCCUGCAGCGCUGCCAAGACAAAAUGCACCAGCUCUCAUCCAUCGUGCACUCGAUGUCUACGACGCGGCAUCGAAUGUAUAUAUGAACAGCGACCCGGUCGGCGGCAACUGCCUAAGAAAAACGGCGCCGAUGAGACCCCUCUAAUGGACACACGAACACCAACAGACUCAGUUAGCACUAAUCUAGAUGACGGCAAUACAGUCAGCCUGAUGGCCAAUAUUGACCAACUGGCAGAUAAUAUGAUCUGGGAUGGGCAGUCGAAUUCUACGGACUUUCUUUUAAUGGAUCCAAGCCUCGCUGUUUCCAAGACCACACAAGCUUCUGCACCGAUGGUAGCAAACACUCCUGACUUCACACUCGGCUUGCAAAGCUGGGGCAUGGAUCCACCGGAGCUGCUUGCUGCACUUUCUGCGCCGCCAAAGGUCUCACCCUUGGCCGUUGCGGGGUUUCUUACGCGGCUACCUAUUGAUGAUCCCAUUGCACAGCGACACGCCACUCAUCUGAUUCAAAUCCUGCGAGCUUUCCCGCAAAUGAUGGUCCGCAGAGCGGCUUUCCCCCCUUUAUUCAUCCCAACUGGCACCGUGGAGAUGGGCCUGAAAACACCCGAUACAAGAGCCUUUGUUUGGAACGCUAUUAGGACUGAGCAGCGACGACUAAUGGACCAGUCUGAAUCAUUUGGGCCGGAGGACUUACUUGCUUCGAUACAAUGUUAUAUUAUUUACAUUAUUAUGCGCGUGGUCGACGACGCGGCGUAUCAUAGCGAGCAUGACCUUAAUAUGCUACUAACCUUCGCAACUCUCUGCGGUCGCUUCCGCACGCUUUGUCAAGGCCCAUUUAGCCUUCCAGAGCAAACACACCCUAGCCGGCGCUGGCCCGACUGGGUAUUUGCCGAGUCUCGGCGCAGGGUUGCAUGCAUCUGGUUCCUGAUCGGACAGGUCAUAUCCACCAAAACGGGUAUCCCUUGCGACACGUCGGAAGAAUAUCAUUGUCUUCCCUUGCCGGGUGGCCGAUCCCUGUGGGAAUGCCGAACUAAUAAAGGCUGGGAAGCGGAUUACAGCGCAACACAGACAACUAUUCCUGGGAGGCAGCUUACGUAUUUCGGUGACUUGAUGGAGGCUCAAAAGGCGAAUAGUGACCCGAGCAUGAUUCACAAGAUGGAUUUCUGGAAUGCAGAGGCUGAUACAAUGGGGUUUAUGCUUACGCUAGCUACAGCAAUGGUUUAG